GAAGGCGGCGGGCCACCGGGCAGAUGCCAGAUUGUUGAGCCGCAGCCAAGGCAGAUAAAGCGCAAGGAAGGUCUACUCUCUCCCGGGGCUGGAAGCGGCUCCACGGCCGUGGCUUGGAUGUAGUUCGUUUUCAGGGAGCGUCCCUUCUGGUGUCGCCCGGUGGUCGUGAGGACAGUGAUCCGGCCUCCCCAGGAAGACGCCGAGGCGACCAAUACCGGACCGGAUUUCUGCUCGGGUCCCUCCUGGCUGCCCGCGAGACCUAUUCACUGAAGGAGCAUGUAAAUUCAAGGUUCUUGAACUGAACCCCAACUGAACAAGCAGGAUGCCAGAGCAAAGUAAUGAUUACCGAGUGGUUGUGUUUGGAGCUGCCGGUGUUGGUAAGAGUUCUUUGGUGCUCCGUUUCAUACAGGGGACCUUCCGGGAGACAUACAUCCCCACGGUUGAAGAUACGUAUCGCCAGGUGAUCAGCUGUGACAAGAACAUCUGUACUCUUCAAAUCACAGACACCACCGGAAGCCACCAGUUCCCUGCCAUGCAGAGGCUCUCGAUGUCAAAAGGCCAUGCAUUCAUGUUAGUAUACUCUGUGACCAGCAGGCAAUCCGUAGAAGAGCUCCAGCCAAUCUAUGAGCAGAUCUGUCAGAUCAAAGGAGACAUUCAGAAAGUCCCAAUUAUACUGGUAGGGAACAAAAGUGAUGACCCCCAAAGAGAAGUGGGCACCAGUGAAGGAGAAGUCCUCGCCACAAAAUGGAAAUGCUCCUUCAUGGAGACCUCAGCCAAAAUGAACUACAAUGUGCAGGAGCUUUUUGAAGAGCUUCUUAAUUUGGAAAAGAGAAGAAAUGUAAGUCUGCAGGUGGAUGGCAAGAAAUCAAAGCAGCGGCGAAAGAAAGAUAAACUGAGAAGCAAAUGUUCUGUGAUGUGACACCUACUAUGUGGCUAAAAUAAGAGCAUAAUCUUGAUCUUGCAGGACAUCUAGUGAGAGAAGAUUCUGAUUGAGAUUUUCAGAGGCUAAGUAAGACAUUAGUGUUAAAUGUGGGUUGGAUCGUUUGAAUAUUUAUUUAAGGGCGGUUGGAUUUUGCAUGUUCCUUUUUGCACAAGCAUCAGCUAUGCCUACUGCAAACUGGUCAAUACUGUUCUGUGGUCAAGUGCAUGAUAAAAGUGGAAUAAAUAAUCUUAAACCUGCAAUGUACUGCUACAUUUUUAUAUUUUCUUCGAUUUGCAACGUAUUUCCUCUUUUACAAAUACUAAUGUGAAUGAGCAAAUCGCAACAGGAUUCUACUGAGUAUACCAGUAGGAUUAGACAGUACUACAGCUAAUGCUUGCAUAUACUUGGAGCAAAAAAUAAAUGCUUUCCGAUAAAAUUUAACUAUCUGCUUAUUGAUAGUUCUCUGAUUAUUGUAGAUUAUUGGUAUUUAUGAUGGUCCUUCGAAUAUAUAUAUUUGUAGGAAAGAAACUUUGUUCUUAAGUGUUCCAUGUUAUAUGUAAAUACUUUGUAUGUGGUAAUCCUACAUUGGCAAGAUUUUAUGUGAA